UGACAACAGCAGUCGCUUUUCCCAAACCUAACCACUUUUCUUUCGGCAUCGCUUUCGGAGCAGAGAGCUGCCACAUCGACGCGAAGAAAGCAAUGUCUUUCAAACCUUGUUCAUUCACCCGAGUCACAAUCGCAUCCUAAUCCACUCUCCAAAACAUUUAUUCACAGAUAGCCAUUUCACCAUGGCGCCUGUAACCGCCACUCACCAAGAGGCGCAGGAGUCCGUCAAAAAUGUAAUCCAAGACCUCCUAAACCUCAUGGUCCAAGUCUCCCAAUACGACACCAACCCUUCCUCGAGCAACAACAACACGCCCACCAGCUCCCGAGCCAGCGGCGGCGGCGGCGGCGGCGGUGGGGGACACGCCUCCUCACGCGACAUCAUUGCCCAAUCCCUCCAAACCCUCGACGCCUCCCUCCUCUCCGUCUACCGCACCGCGAACCUCCUCCCUUCCUCCCCUUCCUCCGGCCCUUCCAACAAUCAACCCCAGCAGGGAACCACCGAACUCGAACGCGCCGAAGCCGCCCAAUUCGCCUCCACCUUCAACAACACGCACAACCCGUACGCGCCCCAUGUGCACCAACCGGGCCCGCAGAACCCAGGCAUUCCGAUCCCGCUGAUUACGUACGUCGAGAACGGACGGAACCCGGACGUGUACACGCGCGAGUUCAUCGAGCUGGUGCGUAGGAGCAACCAGCUGAUGCGGGGCAAGAUGCACGCUUUUAGGGAUUUCCGGGACGUUCUCGCGGGCGAGAUGGAGGCGGCGUUGCCGGAGCUGAGGGAGGAUAUCAAGCGGGUGGUGGAGGCGACGGGAGGGCCUGGGCCGGCGGAGGGAAGCGAGGAGAGGGCCAGGGAAGGGGUGGUGGGCAGUUUGAGUGCUGGUGGUGAGGGACAACAGGGACAAGGGCAGGGACAACAGGGACAAGGGCAGCAAAGCGGGCAGUAGGAGUGUGCUUCGCUGGAUGCUCUAUCACCGAUCUCAGAAGAGUGAGGUGCGGACCGUGUGGACGGUCUAAUUGGAAGAGACAGUUCCAACCGCUGCGAAAGAGGAGGGGGUCAAUCUUUCUGAUUGCUAAUCUGGACCUUGCCGGUGCAUAUGAGGGUUUACAUGGUUUUUUUGCUGGGUAAUGGCGUUCAAGAAAACAAAAGGAACAAAAGGGAUUAGGCGUUUUGCGUGGAUUUUCUUGAGGCAAUGGGUUUAUCGUGGCAUGGCGUGCGCAUGAAGGGGUUCACAAAGGAUUGUGGAUAGGAGGCACAGUAUGGACGUCAGGUGGAAUGCUCAUCAAGAAGGAGGCUUUCGAACUUCAAGGGAAUUUAAUCUUUUUAAUUGCCCAAUCCCGGUGCUCGAGUCAAAAGCGAAACCAGUAACUAAUUUCUAACCCCCAGCAGACAACCAAAGGACAGGGCAACCUCUCUCUCUCCUGCCUUUUCCUCAUGUGAAG